AUGGCGAGCAUCGAUUACAUCUUCAAGGCUGUAAAGUAUGGUGCGCAAACAGUAAACCUGACGGCCACCGUGCACUUGCCUCGCAACACUAGCUCGGUAAAAGGACUCGCACUGUAUUUUCACGGAGGCGGCUAUGUUGUUGGUAGCCGGGCAAUGCUCUCGGCUGCACAUGUGGAGGCCUUGAACGAAGCUGGCUUCGUCGCCGUGUCUUCGGACUAUCGUCUCUGCCCAACAAUUUCUGUGCUGGACGGUCCAGUCGCCGAUUCGGUGGCCGCGUACGAAUGGGCGCAGGACGAGCUUCCCGGACUGCUCGAAAAAGAACAUGGCAUUCGGGUGGACGGCAAGAAGAUCGUCACCCUCGGUCACUCGUGCGGUGGAGGCCUCGCGUUGUUGAUGGCUUCUCGCGCUCGCCCGCCCAAGGCCAUCCUUGAUCUAUUCGGUUUCAAAUAUCUCCGUGAUCCCUUCUACCACUCCGGGAGCAGCGCUCCGCCCCCGCCCGGUGCACCCGAUCCACCCUCCGCUGAAUUCAUCGAACGGGUCUUUAACGAGUUUCCCCCCCCGACCGCCGCGCCCCCUCCCUUCGGUCCGAAAGGGCCCGAUCUGAGCACACCGCGCGGAGCCUAUCUCGUCACAUCUGUCAGGAAGGGUGUUCAAUUUGACAAAAUCAUCGCUGAGGAUGAGUAUGAUCGGAUAGAUCCAGAGACAUUGCUGAAGAAACGCGAUUUCCCACCAACAUUCUUCGUUCAAGGGACGGCGGAUGUCGUUGUCGAUGCCAAAUUUGGACAAUGGGCCCAUGCGGAACUGCAAAAGAAUGGCGUACAGACUGAGUUGUACCUAGUAGAAGGUGCGGCUCACGGCUUUGACGCUAGGUUAAGGCGUGACGGCACCGCCUUUGAGCCCAUCCAGAAAGGCGUGAAUUUCCUGGCGCAGCAUGUGGACAGAUAA